AUGGAAAGACAAACUGCUCCAAUCCAGUCCAUUGUGGAUGAGCUGCAGUGUCAGUUUGCUGUGUAUGAGCAGACCCAGCAACAGGUGGAUCACAUCUUGCAGCACUGGGACCGAGCCCGGGGCUUGUUGCUGGUCCCGUUGCCUGGUGACGAGGCGCCUCCAGUGCCUGAGGAUGCCCCAACAGAGAAACAGACGGCUGUUGGCAAGAAGAACAAGAAACACGGCUCGUCUCCGUUGCCUAGUCAGAUGUCAGUGCCAGCUGCAGCGGACGUGGUGCUUCCACAGGACAUUAUCCCUCACGUUGCCCUGAACGUAACAAGGAAAGACUGUCCGAGUGCUGCGGAGCUGCUAAAAGGCAGCACACUGCCUCCACUGGCCGAGGUGUUGGAUGAUUUGGGUUUGGGACCCAGCGGCCCACCCGUCCCACCACCCACAACGUUCUCUGUGGUUCCUUUUCCUGAAAACAGGGAGCAAUCAAACGUUCAACUCACCUGUAGCUGUUUCACCUUCCUGGUUCCCUUUGGGCUGGACGAACAGGACGAGGAGAAUAAAGAUUGGGUGGAAGAUAUGCGCGCAUCAGUUGUAAAGUCUGACAACAUUUCGCUGGGUUGUACCAGCUAAUGGCGAGGUGGUUCUGAGGAUCUGGUUCUACUCAGAAUUCCCAGGGACGUUUGAGCAGACCUUCAACUUUGAGCUUUUGGGGACUCUGAGAAGCUACCAGCUCCUCUGCAGAGGAAUUGGCACCUACCCCUCCAUCUGCAAAGACUACAUGUCAGUCAACAUUGAUUAACAAUCAAUCAAUCAACUCUUUAUUUCAGACUCAAGGUCCAGGUCUAGUACUUAAAUAAACGUGGUGGAAA